AUGGCAAGAAAGAUCCAACUGCUUGUAAUUUUCUUAUCCUUCACUUCCUUUUUCUCACCAACCUCAUCCAUAACCUCCUCCAACGACAUUGACUGGUGGUGCAACAGAACUCCCUACCCAAAACCAUGCAAGUACUACAUUGGUCCAAAUCAUUUUGCGCUGAUAAACAAUACAGAGUUUGGAAAAAUGAUGGUGCAAGUUGCCAUGGAUCAAACCCUUAAUGCAUGGAGAGAUGCGAAGCAGCUUAUACCCAAGUGCCAAGAUGAGCGCGAAAAUGUCGCAUUGGCUGAUUGUUUGAGCCUUUACGAUCACACUAUUCUCCAACUCAACCGAAUCCUAAAACCUGACACCAAGUAUAAUCAAUUUGAUACACAAACUUGGCUUAGUACUGCCCUCACAAAUCUUGAUACAUGUCGUGCAGGUGCAGUAGAGCUAGGUGUUUUGGACUUCCUCAUGCCUAUCAUGUUGAACAAUGCUUCAGAGCUAAUUAGUGACAGUUUGGCUAUUAACGAUGGGUUGCAAGGGCAAAAACAUUACAAUGAGAGGUUUCCGAGUUGGGUGUCUAGCCAUGAUAGGAAGCUUUUGCAGUCAUCAUCACCGGUUGGGAAAGCCAAUCUCGUGGUGGCUAGAGAUGGAUCAGGUCAUUUUCGCACCAUUAGAGAGGCUCUUGUUGCAGCAGCGAAUAGGAGUGGAAAUAGGAGGUUUGUUAUUCAUGUGAAAACUGGUGUUUAUAGCGAAAAUAUUGAAAUUGGCAUGGACUUGGAUAACAUCAUGGUGGUCGGAGAUGGGCUUAAAGAAACCAUUAUCACCGGCAGCCGGAGUGUUGGAAGUGGCACUACUUCUUUUAAUUCUGCAACAGUAGGCAUUAUGGGCAAUGGAUUUAUUGCCCGUGACAUCACAUUUCGUAACACAGCUGGACCACAAAAUUACCAAGCAGUGGCUCUCCGAUCAGGCUCCGAUCAAUCUGUCUUCUACCGCUGUGGUAUCCAAGGAUACCAAGACACCCUUUUCGUCCUAUCACAACGACAAUUUUAUAAACAAUGCAACAUAUACGGAACAAUAGACAUCAUAUUUGGAAACGCAGCAGCUGUAUUCCAAAGCUGCACUAUAUAUGUAAGGAGGCCACUGCACGGACAAGACAACGUGAUAACAGCACAAGGUCGUGCUGAUCCAAACCAAAAUACAGGGAUUUCGAUACAUAAUUCGCGUGUCAUGGCCGCGCCAGACCUAAAACCGGUGCUUAAUUCGUUCAAAACGUACUUGGGGAGGCCUUGGCAGCAGUACUCGCGGACUGUGUAUCUUAAAACUUUUCUUGAUGCAUUGGUAGACCCUGCUGGAUGGUUGGCAUGGGAGUAUACAGACUUUGCCCUUGAUACUGUAUAUUAUGGAGAAUAUGGAAAUUAUGGGCCGGGAUCUUUGACUAGUGGCAGAGUGAAGUGGCCGGGUUUUCGGCAUAUAACUGACCCGAAAGAGGCCUCAAUGUUUACUGCCGGAAACUUUAUUGCCGGCCGGUUGUGGCUGCCUGCUACCGGUGUCCCAUUCACUAUGAGCUUGUGAUUAUGGCUUACAUCAUACUGCAUAUUCCUUC